CCCUCAACACCAAGGAGCUCCCCUAUCUCACCUUAUUCCUGUAUCGUACAUUCUCCGUUCUCUCUUUUCCAAACCACAGCAACAUUCACAAUGGCUCUCGCAUCCCCCCCGUCGUACACUCCUCUCCAGGAGCGUCCUCUCAAGGACACCAUCUGCCUCUUCGACGUUGACGGCACACUCACACCCGCGCGCCUGGACGCCUCGCCCGAGAUCCUCGAUAUCCUUCAGAAACUUCGCUCAAAGUGCGCUAUCGGAUAUGUUGGUGGCUCGGACUUCGCCAAGCAACAGGAGCAGCUGGGCAAGCCCGCCGGACAGCCCGUCACCGCCCUCUUUGACUUCUGCUUCUCCGAGAACGGCUUGACUGCCUUCAAGCUCGGCGAGCCCCUCGAGUCGAACUCGUUCAUCAAGUUCAUUGGCGAGGAGCAGUACAAGGAGCUUGCCAACUUCGUCCUCCACUAUGUUGCUGAUCUCGACAUCCCCGUCAAGCGCGGCACGUUCAUUGAAUUCCGCAAUGGGAUGAUAAACAUUAGCCCCGUCGGUCGUAACGCCAGCACUCAGGAGCGGAACGACUUUGAGGCGUUCGACAAGGACGCGAAGGUCCGGGAGAAGUUUGUCGCUGUUCUCAAGGAGCGAUUCGGCCAUCUCGGCCUCACCUUCUCCAUUGGUGGCCAGAUCUCCUUCGAUGUGUUCCCCACCGGGUGGGAUAAGACUUACUGCCUCCAGCACCUUGAGAACGAGGCCAAGAAGCCUGACGGUAUCGCCUACAAGACCAUUCACUUCUUUGGCGACAAGACAUUCGAGGGCGGCAACGACUACGAGAUUUACACCGACUCUAGGACAACUGGCCACUCCGUCACCGGACCUGAGGACACCAUGCGUAUCCUCAAGGAACUCUUCGAUCUCUAAAUACAUAUUUGGGCGUUGGAAUGAGAUUCAAAAGCAUAUAUACACAAUAGAAACGAGGCCAAGAAAGAUGCAAUGUUUUCAUGAAUAUCCUCCCAAAUAUGUUUAAAAUUGAUCCGUCUCAUACCCGUAUAAUGCUGCUA